GACGAGGUUGUGUUGCACAAAGUGCGCUGAUGGUAUCGAUGUGACCAAAGUAAAGGUAUCCAAAGAGCUGAUGCACGAACUUGCAAGCGAGCGUAGUGGCCCUGUUGGGCUGUGUGUGUUCAAGUCACUGCAGCUGCUAGCACCCAUCUUGUACUCUCGAGGGUGCUAUUGCGGUACCUCUCUCGUGUCUCAUUCUGGAGGCGGAGGUGAACUGCUCAUUCCGCUUACUCUCCUACAGCAUCCUUCCCGCGCAAGGGACGGCCCUCGUGCGUCGGGGUUGAAGAUGGCGUCUGGGGAUGCAACGCCUGCCGCGUCUUAAUGCUUCCUUGCCCUUACUCAGAUGACGAGCACAGCGAGCCGGUCAACGUGGACGUUCACCGAGGGUGCGAAGAGGGUGCCAACACACAGAGAGGGCCAUGUCGCGAUUGGAAGCAUGGCGCAUCGUCGCCACUCACACUGUACUACCCCACGACGCAAGAAAGCCCCCAAAAAUAGGGUGCAGAAGAUCGCGGUAGAGAGGGAAACCGAUUUGCCCCGAUGAGGCUAGAGGACCGACGAUAUCCUGGGUAAAUGACCCGAUCUG